AUGGGAGAAAGUGAAUGUAUUCUUCUGGUUUUCAUGGCAUAUGAUCGCUUUGUUGCAAUUUGCAACCCUUUACGCUAUAGCUUAGUCAUGAACAGAUGGACCUACAUCUGGAUGAUUACUGUCACAUGGACUGUGAGCUGCGUCACAUCAUCAGUUGAUAUUUUCCUUGUAUAUAGAUUAACGUUUUGCAGAUCCAACAUCAUUAACCAUUUCAUUUGUGAAAUCCCUUCACUCUUGCACUUGUCCUGCAGCGAUAUCUCUGUACUUAAUAGCUUGAGAUUGAGUGGAGGUGUAAUCCUCCUUCUGCUGCCAUUCACUGUCAUUAUUUUCUCUUAUUUUAAAAUUAUUAUUGCAAUAAUAAGAAUCCAGUCUGGAAGAUACAAAGCAUUUUCCACUUGUUUUUCACACCUUAUUGUUGUCACCUUGUACUAUGGGACAGCCAUGGUCCUCUACUUGCGACCACGGCUCUCCAGAGCAGAUAACACAGACAAGCUAAUCUCUGUAUUCUAUACUAUAAUCACACCACUGUUAAACCCUUUAAUCUAUAGCCUGAGAAAUAAAGAGGUGCUCAGAGCCAUGAGAAGAUUAGGAAGAAAGCUGUAG